UGUGUGGGUCAGUCCGCCGUCGGCCCGCGCGCUCAAACGUUUGGACUUGUUCCCAUCAAGUCCGCACUAUACUCAUACACCCGGGUAUAGUGCAAAAACCACGCGUGAAUUUUGAUACAUCGCUACCUAUCCUUUCAGUAACCUUUGUACACGUAAAUAUUAGUAACCUGUUCACAUGCAUCUAUCUAUUGUGAUCGACACGGAUCACGGUACACAGAAUUCGUUUCGUUUAAAGUAAUAUGUUCAUUGGAAUCUGUUGGUAAAAAUUAUUUUCUUCGCGCUGCCAACCGUUCACCUGCCUCCAUCAAUAUUCGUUAGGAAAAACUACUGCCCACAAACAAACGGACGUGCAUUGUUGUAAUUAUUAUUUUUCUUUUACUAUGCUGAUCGCUACGUAAUAACCACCGUCGUGAUGGGCAACAAAUGCUGCAAAUGCCAAUCAUCCACGUACAGUAGCGCGAACGCGACAAUCAGAUCAUUCUCGUCAUACAACUCUUCAAUCGUUCGAUCAGACAGAAGUCAUGCGCUUACUUUCGGAGGAACGUCCACCCACGGCGACUCUCUGACCACACUCACAAUGAAAUCGAGCAACCAUUCGGACGUCGGUAAAGAUUACCACGGUGGCUCUUUGAGCACCGUUGGCCAAGAAGAUCCGAUUCCAGUAUUCCUGAGACGCCUCAAUGACCUGAAUGCUAGAGUCGGAACCCGAACUAGAUUAUUGAUUGAGCUUGAUGAUGCUUCCGGAGUUCAGGUCCGUUGGUACCAUAACAAUCAAGAAGCCGAAAACGAAAGAUACCAGUAUAUCCACGAAGGAGGAUUUUAUUGUCUAGAUAUAGUGCCGGUGACGUUGGAAGACGAAGGCCUCUGGGUGUGCAGUGCGCAAAAUUACGCGGGAAAAUCAUCGACUGCUGCUCACCUCUCGCUAAUUGUGCCAAAAGCAUUUAAAAAACCGAUUUUCAUCGAACCACUCAGGGCUGUGUUAACGCAACGUGGAAUCGUAUCUCUGGAGUGUAAAGUGAUCGGCGUGCCUACACCAAAGCUACGAUGGUACAAAGACGACAAAGAAAUCAAAGCAGGUGACAUAUUCGCACUGACCGCGAAUUCCGAAGACUGCCUGGGUAUUUACACGUGUGAAGCCACAAAUGUCAUGGGCACCGCGGUGUCUACUUCUAAAAUACAAGUGACUCAUAUGCAACCAGAUACCAAAUCUCACGCAGAUAGUCUUAUACCUUAUGGACCGUCUCCUAAAUUCGUAAAAGGUUUAAAAAAUGUGACUGAAAAAGUUGGGAAUGCUCUAAUUUUAGAAUGUCAAGUGGAAAUACCUCCAUGGCCCCGCAGUGUUGGGUGGUACAAUGACGCCGGUAUUGUAAACGAAGGACCAUUAUAUCAUCUAAUAGCUGAUGGUAUGGGCAUGUAUGGAGUAGAAAUAAAAUCAUUACGAGCCGAUCACAGUACAACAUGGAAGUGUGUUGUUACAAGUCUAACGGGAGUGAAAGCUGUUACUUCUUGUCUUGUGACAGUAUCUUACCCAAAAAAUUACCGAGUUCCGAGAUUUUUAGAAAGUUUAAGAGCGAUUAUGACAGACGAAGGGCUAGUGAGUUUCGAAUGUAAAGUGAUUGGUUAUCCGACACCACAACUUUCUUGGUUUAAGGAUGGCAAGCAACUUCAACCUGGAGACGUCUACGAAUUGACUGGAAGUAAAUCUUUAGGUAGUUACUGUUGUGUAGCACGAAACUGUAUGGGCGAGACGAGUAGUCUAGCUGAACUAACUAUGGAAGACAUCCAAAAUCAACUAAACGAAAGUGAAAAACUUCAAUUGACAUCAAAUACACAGCCACCACGGUUUUUGUUAGGUCUUAAAAGUGCCGAGGCCAACAUCAAUGAAUCUUUUGUUUUUAUGAUCAAAGUUACAACGGAAUCAACUCCUUUGAUAAAAUGGUACAAAGAAGACGAAGAAUUAACUGAAUCAAAUCGGUACCAAUUUUCCACUGAAGACAACGGAAUAUUUGUUCUAAACAUUUUGCCACUUGAAAUCAAUGACCAAGCUGAAUGGAAAUGUGUAGCCGUAAAUAAAUAUGGCCAAACUGUUACAUCCAGUUUUUUGAAGUUAAACAUCCCUAAACAUUUCAAACCACCUAAAUUCCUUGAGGAGUUAAGGAUCGCAUUUUCUAACGAGGGAUCGGUCAACUUAGAAUGCAAAGUAAUUGGAGUUCCUCAACCGCAACUGAAAUGGUUUAAAGACGGUCAAGAAUUGAAUCCGGGUGACAUGCAUAAAAUAAUUUCUGGACAGAGUGGCACGUGUUGCCUUGGAACUUACACAUGUCAAGCUCACAAUUGUAUGGGCACUGUAACUAGCUCAGCUACCCUGUUAACAAUGGAAGAUAAGUCUACUGUUAAAUCGUGUGCUUCUGAAGAGUACCUAUCCGUGGGAAAUCAACUCGUUAGAAAUGAAUCAUUGUCAACGAUACCAGAAGAACGAACGAGUCAAAUGGAAAAAUCAUACACCAUCGAAGAACCGGCCGACGUAUCAUUUUCUUUCGACGGAAAAGAAGUGACCGUUUCGCUUUAUGAAACUCCGGAUCUCACGCAUGAUGAAGCAUUGCAAAUCAUUGAAAUGUAUGCAGAUGAGCUCUCUGAACAUAUAUCAGAAGAUAACGUCGUUGAUUUGCCUUCGCUGCGAAUUGUAAAAGAAUCGUCCAUUUCCGGUCCCGUUAUGAUGGAGGCAUUAGUUAUAGACGUACCUAUUGAUUUUUGUCAACAACAACCAGUAUCUGAUACUCAGUUUGAUGGCGUUUCAUUAACCGAAGAUACGACUCUUGCAAACAUUGAUAAAAGCGAUAGCUUAUGUGAAAAUAGUCUGGAAUAUUUUUCAGACCAUUUUUCAUCAAGUAAUUCCAAAAGAGACAUUUUUUUCAGUGUUAGUGAAACCACGCCCAAAAAUGCAUCAGUGAUCCAGAAACAACAAUCGGAAAAAGAAGCUCAUCAGUCAGUACAGACGCCUAAGCUAUUUAUGUCAGACUCUGAUGAUCAAAUUUUGACUCAAUUAAAUUUAGAAGAAAAAAAUGUGCAUCAGACAUCUCGAAAUCCCAUUGGUCCUUUAGCACGAUCAGAGAGCAACAACACUGAAGAAGAAGUAUCUGAAACACUAGCUGAUAUAGAAAACGAACAACCAUUACCACAUAAUUAUUGCGCGGCCGAAAUUUUAACUCAGUCUGACGAAGAUGGGUUAUACUCGGCGAUGUUGAACAAAAUAAGGAACAAAGGAGUUUCAUCUACAGAACUCAGUUCAGAAGAAGACGACGUUUUAAAAAUUAUUUCCAGGCCCAACGUUGAUGAAUUUUUGAAGUACAUGAAAAUCAUACUAGAGGGUACCAUGGUCAAAAUGCAUACGCACGAAAGUUUUAAUUAUACAGAUUCGCCAACUGAACUCGAACGUUCCAUUCAAGCUCUUCAUUCUCUUGCGUGGAAAUUUAUUGAAGAGACUGAAAAAGACGACAUGACCGAAUUAGAUAAAAACACUACGGAAAAUGUAUCAAGUUUGAUGACUGCGAUUAAUGCUAGUUUAUUGGCAUUGGAACAAAUUGACGACCCGUUCGGUGUUUCUGACAACGUGUUGAACGAAAUACAGUCGUCCGUUUGUUUUGAUUUUGAAACUUUCAAUAACAAAGAUCUAUCAGCUAUAGACAUUUUGAAAUGUUUGUCAGAUCAAAUACGGAAUUUUACGACAGUUGUUAACAGACAAGUGGCCCAGGUUACAGAACAACGCAUUAUGGCGGUGCUCCGGAACACAAUUGGCACUACAUUAGUAUAUAUUAAAACGCUACAACAAAAUUCUUCUAAAAUUAAAUGUAUUAAUGUCAACUCGUUAGUUUCUUUAUUUUCAAUGGUACAACCACUGGAAACUAUUUUAAACGACAUAGCCUUUAUCGAAGAAGCGUCUGUGGAAGACGGAAAAUGUAACCACAAACUGAAGCAAAUGUUAAUACCGCCAAUUAGUUCGAUAGCUUUUUCUUUAGAUAAUCUGAAUAUGGCUUUGAAAAAUGAAAAUUCAGUAGAUGAUCAAGAUCUGAAAGAUAUUUAUAGUAAAAUAAAUGACGCAACUAAUCAAUUUAUGAUACUCGCUUCACAAGGCACUGAAACUAAUAACCUGGCCGAGUGCUUCAUAUCUUUUACCAAACCGAUUAAUGAUUUAUGUUGUCAUUUGAGAAGACUCGGUAGGUCAACGGAAAAUAUUAUAUCAUCAGAUUAUGGAUCUGAUGACAAACUUCUGAUGGACUUUGAAACGCUUUUUGAUGAAUUGAUGAUGGACAUAGAUACAUUGAUUAACAAUGUAAAUAUCGUUCGUGAUUCUGAAAAUAAUAUGAAUCCACUAGGUUCUCUACUGGAGCCACUGCAAGAUAUGAAAAUUGGUUUAUUUCAAGUCAAUCAAGUUUUGUUAUCUAAUCAAACCAGUUCAAACAUGAGUUACGAAGUUAUAAGUUGUUUUGAACAUUUAUCUCAUCAACUUGUUCAACUCAACAGCUGUAUCAUAAAUCAAUCGAUUAUAGAAGAAACAGACAAAGAAAUACCAUUUGAGUCUUCAAUAAAAAUGAUGCAAAAUAUUCUUUUUGACGAUGCUAUUGACGAUUUAGGUGUAAAUGGAAUACUUUUCGGUAGUGUUUUGAAACCAUUGUUACAUCUUCAAAAUUUGAUUGUUUCUAAAAUGGCCUCAGUUGAAAGUGAUCUUAGUUUUUCAGAACACACAGAUGCUACUGGUGGUGCACAAUCAUUAAGCUUAUCAAUGUCAAAUAAUGCUCAAACUGUUUUUAAUAAGCCUGAAAAAGAUAAAUUAGUAUCAGAAAUAGUUGAAUUAUCUGGUUUAGAUAAUAUGACUAAGGAAUAUGAUGACAAUAAUGCUCAAAUUCAAGCAAGUAGUUCAAAAAUCAUCAAUGAUUUUAUGCUUUUAGAAAAUAAUGAAAAAAGUGAUUUAGUACCAAAACCAGAUUUUAAAUUUGAUAUAGAAGAACGGUUUAAAGACGAAGAACCCAGUAUUAUAAUGACUGAAGAUGACCGUGAAAAUUCAGGUUUCGAAGUUUUGUUUGAUGAAACAGAUUUGGAAACAUUUAGUGAUUUUAUCGAAGAUGAACGCUCUAAUAAAAUCGUGUUUUCUGAAAAUAAACCGUUAGAAGUGUUAAUGGAUAAAUCAGGUAUUGAUUCCAUUAAUGAAGAAAAUGAUUAUAAUGUUAUUCCACAACAUGUGUUAACAUCGUUUGAAAAGGGUAUUGAAUUAGAUUCGAUAUUAAACUCGUCCGAUGAUCUUUUUGAUGAAAUUCAAGAAACGCUAAAAAAUAUAACAGAAGCAACACUUGAUGAAACAAUAGAAAUGAAUUCAUCGGACGAAAACUCACAAGAGACUCACAAUUUACAAGAAAAUAGUUCCUAUUGUUCUGAGGAAUUAAUUAGUCAAAUUGAUAAAUUAACAAAUAAUUCAUUGGAUGAAAAUGAAGGAAAUUGUAAUGUAUUGAUAAAACAAGACAGGUUACAAUCUGUUAAAGAUAUUACGGAGAAUUGUCAAAACGAUGGAAUAAUUUUAGAAUUAGAACAAGAUGACACAUUUGUUAAUAAAUAUACAGACGUUUGUAAUAAUGAUACAUUGAAAAUCAAUCAAAUUCAUCAGGUUUCUGAAAUAAUUCAAGACUUAGAUUCUAUCGAAGAGAUAGAAUUGGUAGAUUCAGAUAAAACGAUAUCUAACAACACGAUUAUUACGAACAAUGAAAUCUCUGAUUCACUUGAAAUGAAAACUGUUAAGAGUAAUAACGUGAAUAAUAUGAAAACUACUGUUGAUGAUGCAUUUACGUCUUCAACGGUUAUUAACAAUGAAAAUACUUCUAAAAGAGAAGAUUUUUUAGAUCAGGUACAAGAUGGGUUUAUAAAAAUAAACAAUGAUCAACUAGAAAUUGAAAAUACUAUUGAAAAUAGUGGAACAGUUAUAAAAAAAUUAGAUUUUAAUAACGAAAUAUCAAAGGGAUUACUAAAAACUUUGGAUACUAUCGAAUUUAUAGAAAGUAAAAAUGAUAUUUCUGAAACGAUCCAUUCACAGGAUAUAAAAUCAUCAGAAAAACAAAAUAAUAAGUUCUCUGACUUUUUGGAAACAAAUAAAGUUUCUGACAAUGUAUUUAAUCAAUCUAAAGAAAAUAUAGUUAAUAUAUCCCAUGAAAUAGAAGAUUGUGAUAGUUUAAUGAGAGAUGUUACUGAUAAAAUAGCUGUGCUAGAACCACACGUUAAUACAACCUUAAUUGAGAACUUUAAAGAACUAAUUGUCUUGGAGAAUGGUCAACAAAAAUUAGAUAACGACAUUAUAGAAGAAAUAAAUACUGCCAUAAACUCAGAAACAGAAAACAAAAUCAUCAUAGAAGGAAGAAAAUCUUUAUUUCUAGCUGAUAACAAUAAUCAAAUAGAACUUAACACAAUUUCAAUAGUAAAUAUUGACUGUAAAAAUGAGAAUACAACAGAAGACUCUUUGAUGAUUAGAAAUGUUGAUACUACGAUUGUUGAAGAAAGUCCGAAUGAAAUAAAACAAUGUGUAUCAAACUUAAACGAUAAUGAUAAAAAUGAUACCUUCGACGCCGACACCUUUACAGAAACAUUUGAUCAAAGUGAAGAAUGUAUAUCUUCACUGAACCAUGAAUUAAUAAUAAUUUCAAAAAAUAAAUCGAUCAUUGAUGAAUGUAAUAUUUUAAAAGAAAACGUAAUUUUGAGAGAAAAUAAAUUUGACGAACCUUUUGAUAAAGAUGAAUUAUUAGAAGAUGCUGGUCUAGAUGGAACAUCAGAGGGCGAUUUUCAAGAAAGUGUGAAUUUAAGUUCUACUACUGGUGAGAAAAUGAGUGUACCUGAGUCAUCUGAAUUAUCACUAAUAAUGUGUUCAGAUAAAGAAAACACAAAUUUAGAGACAGAUAUUAAUUCAAACGAAGAUGACGUUCUAUGUAGUUCUAAUAAAAUUGAAAACGAAUCCAUUAUGAAAGAUAAAUUGAAAAAUAUUGAGCAAAUUUCAUUUAUAGAAGAAAAAAGUUUUGUAAAUAUUAUAAAUGGUACGGAAGAGAAUAAAAUUGAAGAAUCAAAUAAAAAAUGUAAAAUAUUAUCAAAUGUGAGUGAAAUUGACAAGAAUGUUGAUUUGAAGUUAUCAAACAUUGAAGAUGCUAUUCAAGUUGUCAAUUUAGAAGUACCGAAAGAGGAAUUGAAUGUGAAUAAUGAACUACUUAAAAAUAUUUCAAACGUUUUAAUGGUUAAUAAAUUGAUUAAUACUGAAAAUAAUGAAACCGAAAUACGCAAAAUACCUAGUGAAAGUUACAUAUCGAACAUAGAUAAUGGCAUUAAAGAAGUGUUAAUAACUGAAUCAAAACACGAUUCCUUAAAUAAAUUUGAAUUUUCAUCUGAUUUAUCUAUGAAUCAAGAAGAAAUAUUUUCCAAUGAGAUGAACAAAGAAAAUUAUAUCUUGGAAUCUACAACAGAAAGUAAAAACAGUGGGGUAUUCAUUAAUGUAUUCGAUAAAUCUAUCGAAGGUUUAGAACAAGCUUCAGUCUCAGAAAAUAACAAUGCAAUUAAUGAUAGAGUAUGUGAAUUUCAAAAUAAAGGUAUAGAACUAAUAAAAGAACCUUUAUUAUUGACCAUAGAGAAUAUUGCAUCAAUUAAUAACGAAAUCAUAGCUUCGGAAAGCAUUCAGCUAAUAGACCAACAACAAUUUGAAGGAAAUGAAAUUGAAGUGAAAUAUGAAGAUAAUAGAAAAGACGCUAUACGUGAAAAAGAAAUUAUUUUAGGAUAUAUAGAAGAUAAUAAAAAUAAUUCAGAACAGUUAGAGACAAAAGAUAGAAACGGAGAAGAACAGAUUAUAAGUAAGAAUAAUAAUUUAAAAAAAGAAGUUAUUAAAUUCAGAACUGAUUCGUUAAACGUUCCAAUUGCACAAAAUAUGGUAUUGGAAUGUGAAGAAGAUAAUUCAACUGAAUUUGUUAGACCCAUCAAGGAAGUCAUCGAUAACAAUUUUAAAAUCAUUGAUAAAAAAUCGGAGCAAUUUAUAGAAAAUUUGAUCCAUGAAGAAAAAGACAAUGAACAAGAAGAGAAAAAUGAACCUAAUAAUGAGUCAUUAACAGAAAAUAAUUCAGCUGAAUUAAAUCAAAAUUAUGAUACCAAAGAAAUAAAUAGAAAUGUUACCAAUGAAAAAAUUGAAAUUCAGACUCUUAAAUCCAACGAUGAAAAAGUAAUUUUAGCCACGAAUAUAAAAGACAAAAAUGUCACAAGAACGGACCAUGUUGAGAAAAAAUUAACGACAAAACCAAAAUUAUAUUAUGAGAGUGGUAUUGAAGCUUGUAUGACUGAAAAUCAAUUAGUUAAUAGUCAGACUGAUUUGGAAUCUACGAAUAUUAGCACUGAAAAAGAUAAAUGUGUUGAUAUAAUACAUUCAUACGAUUCAAAUGAUUUUCCAUUGGAAGAAAAUAUUGAAUACAAUUCAAUUAAUCAGAGAGAUUUAAUUUCAAAUCAAAAUAAUAUUCAAUUUAAUAAUACUGAAACUAUUGCAGUCGACUUUACGCAAGCUACGAAAGAGUCAAAAGUAUGUAACAGUUAUUUAGAUGAAAAUAAUGUAAAUCAAUAUCCACAAGUAACCGAAAGUCAAACUGUGAAUGUCUUAGAGAACGCAAGUUCAAUAACAAAAACACAGUUGAAUGAAAAAAGUACACAAAUUAAUACAAUCAACGAAACUGAAUCGAAGACAAUCGAAGAAAAUGAUGAAAAUAGGGUAAAAAUUAAGUUUAAUAAAGAUGAUGAUAAAUCGAUUAAUGAUCAAAGUUCGGUAUCAAUAUCAAUAGAUGAAUGUAAGGGUACUUUAAAUGAAAAUAUUUUGGAUAUUGAUGAAACUAAAUCAUUGAGUCCCUGCAAUACAACAAUGGAAAAUGUAAGUGAAAUAUUCACGGAAAAAUUAGUGGAUGUUAUAGAAAUUACUGAAAUGAAUGUUCUUGAAUCUUUAAAUGAUAAUGACAAAAAUAUAGAAAAAAUAAAAGAAAAUGAAUUAAAUACCGAAAAUAUAAAAAAAGAAGUAACUGAAUCAAAGAAUUUGGAAAAUAUUAGCAUGAUUAAUGAUACUUCAUUAGAUGCAACAAAAAACCCAGAAGAAACCAAUGUAAAUAAACCCACCAACAUAGAAACAAACGUUUUUGAGUCUACCAAAAUUGAAUAUUUAUUAGAUAACGCGAACACGAGUAUUAAUUUCCCAUUAAAUCAAAAUUCACCAAAUGAAUAUUGUAUUAGCAAAAAAGGUAAUGAUACAGAUGAAAAAUAUAUUUUAAAUCAAAGUACAAAUGAAAAUAAUGAGCUAGAACAUACAGCGAACCUUAUAAAAUUAAAAUCAGAUAAUGAAAGCAAUUGUACAAUAUUAAACGACCAAGGAAAGCAAGAAAUAGGUGUAAUAGUUAUCAAUAAUGAUGACAAACAAUGUAUAACGGACGAAUUCAAUGAAAUGACAUUAAAUAAAAACGAAAUCAACAUAUUGCAUAAUAAGGGAAUAAAUAAACGAGUUAAUGUAUCUGAUUUGGAAAUUAAAGUAGAUUUACUUUGCGAAUCCUUAACCGAAGAUGAAAUAAUUGAUCUGGUUGUUGAUAGAGAUCUAAAUGACCUUGCCAUAAAACCAAAAUUGCAUUAUAUUGAACAAAAUGCUGCUAAUCAAACUGAAUGUAUUGCUCUUGAGAAUGCAAAUAUUCUAAAACAAAAUGAACGUAGUAGCAUUGAAAACAUUACCGAACACGCAAAGGUUGAGCAUGAGUUAAAUACCGCUGUGAUUGGAGAUAUGGUAAUGAAUUAUGACAGUGUAAAAGAAAAUUCGUCGAAUUCAUUAUUUGACUUAUGUAGUUUAUUGGAAACUGCAAUUAUAGAUACGAUUGAUGAACAUUCAAACAAAAUUGUGAUGAAAAAUAUUGAUAUUUUGAAAGCUCCUAAUGCUAAUUUAACUAUAAAUAAUAACGAUUCCGUGACUGAAAAAGAGUCAAGUGGAUUUAUAGACGAUUCGAUGGUUAUAAAUGAAGAAAAUAAUCGUAAUAUAUUAACAAGUAAUUGUGUAAAAAAUGAAAAUGAAAAAGAUGAUGAAUUAAAUAAAGAAAAUAAACAAAUUAAAAAAGAAGUUAUUCAAAAAUGUCCAGUAAAAUUAGAAAGUGACGAAGACAUUUUCAAAGAGCCUCAAAAUAAUGAUGUAUCGAUUUUUGAUACACAACAAUCAUUAAACAAAGAUAAUAUAAAUGUUGAAAAUUUGAGUAUAUCAACAGAUAUUAUCUGUCCUUUGAAUGACAAUAAUACACAGGCUAAGGAAAAUGAACCUACCUUAAACGUUACUAAUGAUACUCAAGAUAUUAAAAUUACGAAUAAAGAAACUACCAAAGAGACUGAUAAUAAAAAAAACAUAAAACAAAGUUUAAGCUUGCAAUCAAAUAAAUCACCACCAGAUAUUAUUGAAAAUUUCAACGAAUCGAAAGAAAAAAAUCAAUUUGUUUGUGAAAUUGAAGAGGCAACUAAAAAAUUAUCAAAUGAUAAAAAACAUGAAUUUGAAAUUAAAUCACAAGAUAUUGAGGAAACCAAUAAAAAUAUAUCUUUAGAAAAUGUAAAAAAGGUUUCGGGAGGUAUUGAAAAAGUUAAUUCAAAUGAGUCAAAUGAGAAUCAAAUUGAAAAUCAAAAGAGUAGCCAAGUUGAUUCUAACCAAAUAAAACCAAUGAAUGAUGAAAAGUAUACUGAUAAAAAAAGACAAGGAAGUAAGAAAAAGAAAGCAAGUACACAGACGCUAGAUAAGAAAUUACUAACACCUAAUAAAUUGUUGGAAAAUAGUGAGAGUAAAAGUAAAACUGAUGAAGAAAUGAAAACCAUUGAUUCAAAAACAGAAGACAGUAACAGAUAUUUAUUGGAAAAUCACGAGAAAGUUAUCAAAAUCGAAUCUAAUUUGGAACUAAAUUCCUUAGAGAAAAGCAAUACAAUUAUUUCGAUAGCAUCAAAUAAUAAAUAUGAUAAAAAUGUAGUAGAAGAAACUGAAAAAAAUGUUGAAAAUGAUGAACGAACUGAAAAUCAUAAAGAUAACGUGUUUGAUGAAGAUAAAAUGCAAUUGGUAAAAAAUGAGGUGGAUAUAGAUAAAACAAUACAAGAAAAUAAACAUACAAGACUUCAGCACCAAGAUGAACAAUUAUCAUCACUUGAUGAACUAUUAGAAAAUAAUAAGGAGGAAAAAGAAAAAUUAAAAAUCAUUGAAUCAACUACUGAAGAAAAUAGUAAACAACACACAAAAGAUAAAGAAAAAAUGAAAGAAAUUGACUCUAAAUUAGAGGAAGUUUUAGUUUUGAAAAAUAAUGAAAAUACUUUGAAGGAAUUACAAAAUAUUAAUAAUGAUACUAACAAAAAUAUAUUAAAUAAUGAACAAAAAGAAAAAAAUAAAUUUGAAAUUAACAAAAAAAUAUUAAUGAAAAAAGAGUCGGAUACCAAUAAGGAUAGUAAUAAGGAAAAACGAGACAUAAAAAAGAAGAAAAAAAGUCCAUUAUCUCCAACAGAAAAUUUGGCGUCAUCCGAUGAGUUGAUGGCGAUAACAAAUAGGGAUGAAAAAAUCGAACAAGUUAUUGAAGUGAAGCCUAAUACAGAUUUUGAUGGAAAAAACAAUGAAAAUAUUUCCAGCAAUAAAUUAUCAGAUAUGGCAGAAAAAGAAACGAAUGAAACUAAUAAAACCGAUGUAAGUAUAAUGCCAAACGAAAUCAUAUUGGAUAAUGUAAAACAAACAAUUCAAAUUCUAAAAGAAGUGAUUCCUGAAAACAAUACAACUGACAUUUUUAAAAUAAACGAUGAAAAUAAAAACGAGCCGAAAAAAAUGGAUAUGGAUAAAAAUGCCAUCGAAAAUUCUAGCACCAAUCAAGAUAAUAUCAAUGAGAAAAUUAAGUAUGAAAUUUUAAGUGAAAAAUCACUAUCGCUAGAAAAUUUGGUUAGAACAGCAAACGUAGAGACUGACAAAAAAUGGAAAAGUAUCGAUACUAAAGAAAACGACUCGGUUGAAGAUGAGCGUAAAAGAGAAAUGAAAUGUGUACAAAGAGUGGAUAGUUGCUUAGACGUUACUAAACUGGAAAACUCGAAUCGUGACAAGAAUAAACGAAAGAAUUCGGAGUCAAAGAAAUCAAAAGGAGAACAGGUAAAAUGUUUCGAAGAAAACAAAAUGAAACGCGAGAACAAAGAAGUCGUUCAGCCUAUUCGUGUUAUCCCGAGAAAAUCCAGCGUGGAAGAAACAACAGCCGAAAUCCGAGUAACUAAAGAGGAUUCGAACGAAUCUUAUGAUAAAAACUUGGCGAAUCAGAUCGGACGAAUUAAAUCGUUCGACACCGCAGAAAAACAAACUGUUCUGAAUGAUGGCGAACGGCACGGAGAAAAAUGUUUUGCCGAAAUCACUGCUAAAGAUGAAAAGGUCGCUUCGGGAAAAUGGACGAACCACAUCAACACCGUCACGAAAAUUUUCGACGCACCCGUUGCUCGGAGGAGGAACUUCGAGACACGGUCGCCGACACCGUGUCACGGAUAUGAAGACCGUGGUGUUUCCAACAUAACGAAAAUCACAGCGUCAGCCAGAUCGGAAGAACUACUGUCACGAGGUAAAGACGCGAGCCCCCGUUAUCUGACCGUGACGGACGCGUACAGAUCACGACAAACGCCUCUGACGUACAGGUCAUUUACGCCGGAAACAUCGUACAGAUCCCUUACACCCGAGUUGUCUAGGUUCUCCGAGUUGACGAAAACGUAUGCGGGCACGACCGGUAUCGGCGGGAAAAAGGAACGAUACCGUGGUGACAGAUCGUUCAGUUCUUACGCGGAACCGGUGAGACCAGCGAACAAGUUUUACGAGAGAAAUCUCUCACCCGUGAACGCCAUGUACCGGAGUCCUUCGGAGAUGACAUUAAGAACGCACCACCGGUUGGAUGACGACGAUAUUUCGUGGUACUCCAGGAGUCGACGGCGGGUUUCUGAUAGCUUUCUGCAUAGGUCGGAUUCGUGGGAUAAUUAUUCGAAUAGAAAAUGGUCAGUGACCAAAGAUGACUUGGAUCGGACCAAGGAAACUUUCAAAAGACUGUACUUCUGCGUGCGGCUGAUGGACCAGACAGUUUCUUCUGGUACUAGAGUCAAGUUUUGGUGCAGUAUCAUCGGUUAUCCUGAGCCACGCGUUCAAUGGUAUCGGGACGGUCAGAAAUUAAACAGUUUCACGUAUAACUCUUCCGCGAGAUAUCAGACGAAAUUCACGAAUGGUUUGGCUCAGCUGAUUAUUGACAAUGCUCAGAGUGGCGAUUCCGGCGAGUAUACUUGUGUGGCUGUUAAUAGCGGAGAUCGGAUAUCCACCACCGCGUUCCUGACAGUGUACACGUCACCAACAUUGUUCGGAGUGGCACCGAAAAGAUCAUUGCAGCCGGCAUCGUUGUCAGCGGACGGAUUUAAGUCGACGAGCCUCGACAGACUCUAUCAGUGGAGUGGUGACGAUUUACGACGAAACUUCAGGAUCACUAGCGACUGGCGGUCAUGUAAUGAUGUGUUAAGGUAUCCUAAAUAUCCAAAGAUCGUGACAACUGUAAUCACUGAUGACAUAACAACGUAUGGAGGAACGAUCGCGCUACAAGUUCGAGUCCAAGGUUCUCCGUUUCCGACCGUAUCGUGGAUGUGGCAAUCAAGACCAUUACCGCGGUUGUCCACCAAAUACGUUUACCUAGAUGAGGGUGAACUUCACACGCUGCUGGUGAAGGACAGCACAGCCAGGGAUGGUGGAACAUACGUGUGCCGAGCGUGCAAUCUUUACGGCACGGCGAACGUAGAAAAGACUGUCAAAGUAGUAUCACCCCAAGAUUACUCCGAGCAUAGGGGUGUGAAACCGGCUGUUAUUGUGUCAAGACCAAAUGAUCGGCUUAACGUGGCGGUUGGAGAAGACAUUACCGUGACACUCAGAGUGGCUGGUGAACCAAAACCCAAAGUGGUGUGGAUGAGAGGUUGGAGAGACGUCACAUUCCUGAAUAGGUCGCUAAAAGAGACGGUCAAUGACUACGUAAAGCUGUCGAUCAAAAAAGCGCAACUUUCGGACGCUGGAACAUACUUUAUAAUCGCUAAAAACGUAUACGGGUCCGAUAGGGCGUUUGUGACUGUCGGGGUGAGAAAACGUGCGAGAUCUUUGACACCGCCACGGAUCAGAAACACGAUUGGUCGGUGGAACGCAAUAGGCGGUGGUGUUUGCAAUGCGAAAAACGAUGUUCCAGGAUCAGUGGCCAGCGAACCCGUUGUAUCCGACAGAGCCAACAAUCGAAUAUCACUGCGAUGGGACAAACCAGAAAAGGCGGAAACUAUUCUCGUCUACAAGGUAGAGGCACAAUCUACGGACGAAGAAUGCUGGAGACAGGUUGGGUUGACGCCCACGAACAGCAUAGACGUGUACAACCUGAAAUCAGGUAAUCGGUACAAAUUCCGUGUGACCGCCCGCAACAGAUUCGGAUGGGGACAAUCGGUUGUUACUUCCGACUACGUUGACGUCUGGGAGCUGAAACAUUUACCCGAAUUCUUUCAACCGCUUCCCGGAGAGACCAAAGUGCUAUUGGGAAACAGCGCUAAAUUACAGUGUCACGUCCGAGGCGUUCCAGUGCCUCAAGUGACGUGGUUUAAGGACGGUGAACCAUUGGUAACAGCGAAAUAUGUCACUGAGUGUACGGAAAGGGGUAGAUGCACGUUGACGAUCGUUGAUGCCACGAACGAGGACGCCGGUCGAUAUGCGUGUGAAGCGGUUAACGUAUGCGGCAGGGUGAACACGUUGACGGUUGUCGAAGUAAUGGCCAAUCGUAGGAUGGUGGAAGCAGAACAAAAACUUCAAGGGUGUCUGAUGAAGAACAACGACUUUAAAGAAUCGGCGCCAGUAUUUACAAAACGUUUGAACGACCGUUGCGUAGAAAUCAAUUCCACGGUCCGAUUAUCCUGUCAGGUACACGGAUUACCCGUGCCGUUGGUUUUGUGGUAUAAAGACAAUCACCCGGUGGACUUUACAGGCAACGAAAAAUCAUAUCGAGACUCGGAUAACUUUUCUACGCUGGAGCUGACCAACGUCAAAUACGAUGAUAGUGGAGCAUACACAGCGGUAGCGACGAAUUCCAUCGGGACGGCAUCCACGCGCUGCGUGUUGGAAGUGAUUAACAAAAAGUGCAUGGAUCCCGCGGUCCCGGAAUUCACUUUCGGAUUGCCAUCGACGUAUGAAACUGCUGACUCGAUCAUUUUGAAGGCGCAGAUCGACGCGUUUCGCCCCGUCAAAGUUGAAUGGUUCAGAGACGGCAUUCAGCUAAGAAAUGGACGGAGAGUUGACAUUAUUACCAAUCAUGACGGAAACCUAGAACUAAGGAUAGCAUGUGCGACGAAACGCGAUUCGGGUACAUACAUGUUGAGAGUGUCUAAUGAUACGGGCACGAUAGAAAGUCGUUGUGAUGUAGACGUGGUAGAACUUAAGCAUUUUAAUAUAGGAUUGGAACAGAUUUCUUUGGAAAAUAAUUUGUACUCAAAAAAACCCAAAUUCGUCGUGAAACCGAAGUUUCAAGAAGUUGAAGAAGGACAAGAAGUGAUUAUUGAUUCAGAGAUCGUCGGUGAUCCGCUUCCGAAGAUCACGUGGCUUAGGGAUGGCUUGAAGCCGGAGUACUACCGCGACAAUUCGGAGUUCACGUGCGUUUCCGACGGACACCGUCAUCAACUGAAAAUCCCUCACGCCAAACUAACGCACACGGGGACGUACGCGCUACUGGCAGCGAACCCGCAUGGACAGAUCAAAGCGUUGAUAUCACUUCAAGUCUACUCGACGGGACAUUGCAAGAAAAAAAUGGAAAAUGGUAUCAAUCGCACGACCGUUGAAAGGUUACCGAGAAUAAGUCGAGGAUUGUUUGACGUAGAAUGCCACGAGAACGAUUGCGUGGCAUUUGAGUGCAAGCUGAACAUCACACAGGAGACGGACGUUAGAUGGCAAAAGGAUGGCAAGCUGGUGAGAUUGGGCAAAGAUAUCAAGUCUGAACUGAUUGGUGGCGAUACAGCUCGUCUCGAGAUAUCAUCAGUAAGCCCCUUGCACAAAGGGCUUUACACGUGUACCGCGUUCAAUGAACUAGGUCAAGACUCGACAUCUGCACGACUGAUAUUAUUGGAUUCGGCCCAAGACGUCACCACCAAAUUAACGGCUUCGUCAAACGGACAGAGAAAAACCAUACCAAGUUCACUAAAACUGGCAGGUGAAUCAAAUGAUCGGAGUUCUAAAAGAUUGAAACGGAGCAGCGCGCCAAAAUUCUACGCAGUCCUCCACGACAAGAUUGCGGAUGUAGGCGAGACGGUCCGGUUCCAGUGCAGCGUGUCGGGUCAUCCUCCACCUUGGUCGUCGUGGGAAAAAGACGGUCGGCCAAUAGGCAUCAACAGUAGAAUGAAAAUACGCGAAGAUGAUGAUCACCGGUCGUUGGAGAUAUGCGACAUCACUGCCGACGACGCCGGUCUAUACCGGAUAACGGUGGAAAAUAAAUUCGGAAAAAUCCUAGCUACGGCCAGACUCGAAGUGAUGACCCAUCACCAAACUAAUGACGUCCAAAUCACUUCAUCGACUAACGGUAGGAGACAAUCCGGGUCGACGGCUUGUGCGGGGGAAAAUUAUACGCUCAGCUGUGAUAUACGGGGAAACUCGAUGUCGGACGUGACCUGGUAUAAAGACGACAACGAAGUCAAACCCGACGAUAGGGUGACUUUAAACCGGGAUGACCUCGCGUCCAGACUUUCGAUAUCAAACUUGGAGUCGGCGGACACAGGCGUGUACACGUGCAUAGCAAGGUGCGAAUCAGGUGUCACCAGGUGCUCAACGGAACUGUGUGUGUUUGACACGAAACUGGCGAAAGACUCUUACCUGCAACCUCCGAUAUUCGUCGAGGGUCUUGUUCCUAUGUGCACCGUCGGGGAAGGAGAACGGGUCGAGUUGACCGUAAAACUUCAAGGUGCAGUUCCUAUGAGCGCUACGUGGUUCAAAGACGACGUACCCGUGCCAGACUGCGAGGACUUCGCAUACACGGUGGGCGAAAACGGCACAUUCACCUUGUCCAUAGUUGAUCCUUUUAGCGCGGACAGUGGAAAUUACAGUUGCAAGGUAGUGAACACGUUCGGCGAAGCCGUAUCUCAUGGUCAGCUGGUGAUAAAAGAAAUCGAGAGCGAUCAUCUUGUGAAAUCAGUGGUCCUACAAAAUUCUGACGUGGUUCUGACUGAGUUGAACAACAAUUCAAAAGUUAGUGGAAAGGACGCACGCGAUAUCAUCCCUCAAAACAAGGAGUCGACUGCUGAGACCGUUACUGGCCUACUUCCAGCAACUAUACUCUGGGGUCCCUGCGACACGACCGUACUUCGAGGUGCCAAAGUAGUUUUGGAAACAUCGUAUGCCGGAAAGCCGGAACCUCGCAUCCAGUGGUUAAGAGCUGGCAAAGUAUUAGCGGAGACCGACGAGCGGUUGCGUAUAACCAACGCAGACGGCAUAUCCAGUUUAACGAUCGACUCGAUCACGGCAGACGAUUGUGGCAAGUACAUUGUCCGCGUCGACAACGGACUCGGAAACGAUUAUCACUUCGCUUCGGUUGCCGUCGAAGGACCUCCAGACCCACCAGCCGGCAGACCCUCGGUGUCCGUGUCCGAAACCAGUGCGGACGUGACGUGGCCCAGUCCGGCGUACGACGGCGGUUGCAUGGUUACUGGUUACAGCGUGGAAGUACGACCGUUCAACCAGACCGAUUGGAAGCUCGUGGCCGACAAGUGUCACUCGUUAUCACACAUUGUCCGAGGUCUGGCGCCCGGCGAAUCGUACGUCUUCAGAGUCCGAGCGGAGAACAUGCACGGAUCGAGCGAAGCAAGUUUGGAGUCCAUACCGGUGUACAUACUGCAAACAGACUACGGAAACACACUGGUACCGAAAAAAGUGAACAUAGAGAACGGUGAACUUUUCACUAAGCAAUACGAAGUGUUGGACGAGCUCGGUAAAGGCAGAUACGGCGUGGUGCGCAAAGUGAAAGAACGCGAGUCCGGCAAAUAUUACGCGGCCAAGUUUGUCCGGUGCAUCAAGUCUAAAGACAAGGAGAAAGCGCAAGAGGAGGUGGAUAUAAUGAAUUGUCUGAGACACCCGAAACUCUUACAGCUCGACGCGGCUUACGAGAACCCCAGGGAAGUGGUCAUGGUCACUGAAUACAUUUCCGGCGGCGAACUGUUUGAGAGAGUGGUGGCUGACGAUUUCACACUCACCGAAAAAGACUGUAUUUUGUUCACCAGACAGAUAUGUGAAGGAGUUGACUACAUGCACAAACAAAACGUCGUGCAUUUAGACUUAAAGCCGGAAAACAUAAUGUGCCAGUCACGAACUUCGCAUCAGAUCAAGCUCAUCGACUUUGGGCUUGCACAGAAAAUUGUUCCAGGAAAGCCAAUCCGGGUGCUGUUCGGUACGCCGGAAUUCAUACCACCGGAGAUCAUCAGCUACGAACCGAUCGGAGUGGAGUCGGACAUGUGGUCUGUGGGAGUGAUUUGCUAUGUGCUGCUCUCUGGUCUAUCACCAUUCAUGGGUGACAACGAUCCCGAAACGUUCAACAACAUAACAAAAGCCGAGUUCGAUUUCGACGAUGAAUCGUUUGACGCCAUUUCUCAAGACUCUAAGGACUUCAUAAGUGCGCUGUUGAUCAAAAAAAAAGAGAAAAGACUUACCGCCAGAGAGUGUCUGAAACACAAAUGGCUGGCGCAACAAGACAUGGAUAUGAGUUGCGUGAUUUUGAGCACGGACAAACUUAAGAAAUUCAUCAUCCGACGGAAAUGGCAGAAAACCGGCAACGCUAUCCGCGCCCUGGGCCGAAUGGCCACCCUGUCAGCGGCCAGCAGACGUUGCGGCGGCAGCGGUGGCGGAGCGACAGUAAGUGGUGGCGGAGGAGUUUCCCAACGGUUGAAAAUGGCCAGUCUGAGCGAGGAGGAGUUGGCCGGCGAUUCCUCGUCUUCGCCUCCGUCGUCGUCGCCGUCGCCGCCACACGACGAGAGCAGAACGGCCGACGUACCGAAGACGAAUGUUGUCGCCGAGACGGACGAGUCCGUGGCCGCGAGCCGUGGAGGUCGACGGUCGUGCGACAUGCGCAGCGACAGCGGCUUCAGCGAGUGUUCAUCUCUCGCCUCGUCGUCGUCGUCUUCGUCGUCGUCGUCCGCGGCUACGGCCACGGGUGGCUACCAUCACGUUCGCCCGUCCGCCAAAAAACCGUCGGCCAUUGCUGAAGAAACGUGCCACCAGCCGCCGCAGCUAUCAGUAGUCACUUCUGGCCCGACCACUGCCGUGGCCACGGCCAUGCGCCCUACGCCGCGUUCUCCCGCUCACAUUCCACUGUCCUCUCUAGGUGCCGUCGGAGGGGUGCGCCAGAAGAACCGGUUGAUCUUCGACAACACGUCGCGCAAAGGCGGUACCGUCUCUGUUGCAACCGGCGGAGCAGGAAUCGGUGGUAUCGCAGGACGAGUACCAGCAGGUUCUGCUACUGCUGCUGCUACUGAUACCGCUGCCGGAGCAGGAGUUCGCCGCAAAGAGCCCAUUCGCAUACAGACGGGUGAUAAUUUCAAAAAAGCCGUCGCGUUUUGGAAACAAUGAACGCGACCCUUGUAAAAAAAAAAUAAAACUUUAUAUCCUCUUUAUAAGGUUCUGUACAUCCCCUCCCCCACUAAUCUUAAUUGUUACAAUAAUUUAGCGUUCGCCGUCGAAAUAAUAUAAUAUAAUUAAAAAGAACAAUCGAGUACGAUCGAUUCACACAAUGUUACAGGAUCGUGCGACUUAAUAUACUUUUCUUAAAAAUGUUUUUACACUUAAACGUUACAUUAAUUACGCGUGUUAUUUGCCAAAGUUUAGAAGUUAUAUUAAUACACAUAUUGUACCUAUAAUAUUAUACAUUACAAUUUAAUGCAUUAUAUCUGUAUACAAUGCGGUAGUCGCUAUGAUUCUCAAUCGUGGCUUGUUGUAUUAUAUCUUGUCCACUACUGUGCUGUGUUUUAUGUAUUUUUGUUUUUGCAUUUCAUAUUUGUGUAUGCAACGCGGCUCGUGUUGCAUACACAAAUCAUUUUUACGACUAUUAUUAUUAUUAUUAUUGUUUUAUUUAUAUAUUCGUCAUUGUGUCGCUCAUUAUACGAUUAUUAUUUUUAUUGUUAUUAUCAUCAUUGCAGUGUCUUAUUAUUAUACAAAAGUCUGCUUUUAUCAUUGUUCACCGUCAAAACGUUAAUUAUUAUUUUUAAGAUUAUUUUUAAGUAAAAAUAUUUGUGUAGUUA